AUGUGGAUUGGCGACUCAUUAUCAGCCCGACCGGCAAAAACCUUUAUGUCUAUAGGGGCUCUGUUCCGCACACAUAUCUGUCCGGAUGCUGUGAUCGGAUUGGAAGAGAAUCAGGCCUUGCUUGAUAAGGGGAUUGCAGACUUUUUAGCCAGUUCCUUCUCCUUGUGUGUCUGCGAGGACAAAGGCAAGGGAAAACUCAGACAUUCUUAG